UUAAAAAACUGUGUAUAUAUAUUUACAAAAGUUUUGUAAAUAAACCAUGUAUGCUUUAGAAGAUGAUCAAUAUGAUGAUGAAGAUGCGGAGGAAAUUUCAUCAAAACUUUGGCAAGAAGCGUGCUGGAUUGUUAUUAACGCUUAUUUUGAUGAAAAAGGUCUUGUGCGACAACAACUUGACAGUUUCGAUGAAUUCAUUGAAAUGUCUGUUCAAAGAAUUGUUGAAGAUUCGCCACAAAUUGAUUUACAAGCAGAAGCACAACAUACGUCAGGAGAAAUAGAAAAUCCUGUUAGACAUUUGUUAAAGUUUGAACAGAUUUAUUUAUCGAAGCCUACACAUUGGGAAAAGGAUGGUGCUCCAUCUCCUAUGAUGCCUAAUGAGGCUAGGCUUAGAAAUUUGACUUAUUCUGCACCAUUAUAUGUAGAUAUAACUAAAACGAUUGUAAAAGACGGUGAAGAUCCUAUUGAAACACAGCAUCAAAAGACAUUUAUAGGAAAAAUUCCGAUUAUGUUAAGAUCAAAAUACUGCUUACUUGCCGGCUUAUCUGACCGUGAUUUAACAGAAUUAAAUGAGUGUCCAUUAGAUCCUGGUGGUUACUUUAUAAUUAAUGGAUCGGAAAAAGUAUUAAUUGCUCAAGAAAAAAUGGCAACAAAUACUGUGUAUGUAUUUAGUAUGAAAGAUGGAAAAUAUGCAUAUAAAUCUGAAAUUAGAUCUUGUUUGGAACAUAGUUCCCGUCCUACAUCUACAUUGUGGAUUAAUAUGAUGGCAAAAAGCGGAGCUAGUAUUAAAAAAUCUGCUAUAGGGCAACGUAUUAUUGCAAUUAUUCCAUAUAUUAAACAAGAAAUUCCAAUUAUGAUUGUUUUUCGAGCACUUGGAUUUGUGGCUGAUCGUGAUAUUUUAGAACACAUUAUAUAUGACUUUGAUGAUCCAGAAAUGAUGGAAAUGGUGAAACCUUCUUUAGAUGAAGCAUUUGUUAUACAAGAACAAAAUGUUGCAUUGAAUUUCAUUGGUACUAGAGGUGCAAGACCUGGAGUAACAAAAGAGAAACGUAUUAAAUAUGCUAGAGAAAUUUUACAGAAAGAAAUGCUUCCACAUGUAGGAAUAAGUGAUUUUUGUGAAACUAAGAAGGCUUACUUCCUUGGUUAUAUGGUACACAGAUUAUUAUCGGCAUCUCUUGGUAGAAGGGAAUUGGAUGAUCGAGAUCACUAUGGCAAUAAGCGACUAGACUUAGCUGGUCCAUUAUUAGCAUUUUUAUUUAGAGGUUUAUUUAAGAACCUAAUGAAAGAAGUCAGAUUGUAUGCACAGAAAUUCAUAGACAGAGGAAAAGACUUUAACCUUGAGCUUGCCAUUAAAACCAAAAUCAUAACUGAUGGUUUACGAUAUUCACUUGCUACAGGUAAUUGGGGCGAUCAGAAAAAGGCUCAUCAAGCUAGGGCUGGUGUGUCUCAAGUAUUGAACAGACUGACUUUUGCAUCUACACUUUCGCAUUUCCCUGAGGGUGCUGCUGUAGGUUUAGUGAAGAAUUUGGCAUUAAUGGCGUACAUUAGCGUUGGAUCCCAACCUUCACCAAUUCUUGAAUUCUUAGAGGAAUGGUCUAUGGAAAAUCUCGAAGAAAUUGCACCAAGUGCGAUAGCUGAUGCAACAAAAAUAUUUGUAAACGGCUGUUGGGUUGGUAUUCACAGAGAUCCUGAUCAGCUAAUGGCUACUUUACGUAAAUUGAGACGUCAGAUGGACAUUAUUGUGUCAGAAGUGUCAAUGAUCAGAGAUAUUAGAGAUCGCGAAAUCAGAAUAUAUACAGAUGCAGGACGAAUUAGUAGGCCUUUAUUAAUUGUAGAAGGACAAAACCUGUUGUUAAAGAAAAGGCAUAUUGAUAUGUUGAAGGAAAGAGAUUACAAUAAUGAUGGUUGGCAGGAGUUGGUUGGUAGUGGAGUGGUAGAAUAUAUUGAUACUUUAGAGGAAGAGACUGUUAUGAUCGCUAUGUCACCUGAAGAUCUAAGGCAGGAAAAGGAAUAUGCUUAUUGUACAACAUACACACACUGUGAAAUUCAUCCAGCCAUGAUUUUAGGUGUAUGUGCUUCAAUUAUUCCAUUUCCGGAUCACAAUCAGAGUCCAAGAAACACUUAUCAAAGUGCUAUGGGUAAACAGGCUAUGGGAGUGUACAUCACAAAUUUUCAUGUACGCAUGGAUACUUUAGCUCAUGUAUUGUAUUAUCCCCACAAACCUUUAGUUACAACAAGGUCUAUGGAAUAUCUUAGAUUCCGAGAAUUACCAGCUGGAAUUAACAGUAUAGUUGCUAUAUUAUGUUACACUGGCUAUAAUCAAGAAGACAGUGUUAUCUUGAAUGCUAGUGCUGUUGAAAGGGGUUUUUUCCGAUCUGUAUUCUAUAGAUCUUACAAAGAUUCAGAGUCUAAGAGAAUUGGCGAUCAAGAAGAACAAUUUGAAAAGCCUACACGUCAGAGUUGUCAGGGAAUGCGGAAUGCUAUAUAUGAUAAAUUGGAUGAUGACGGGAUUAUUGCUCCAGGAAUUCGUGUAUCUGGAGAUGAUGUAGUUAUAGGUAAAACUAUUACUUUGCCAGAAGCAGAUGAUGAAUUGGAUAGUACGACAAAACGUUUUACAAAACGGGAUGCAUCUACCUUCUUACGUAAUAGUGAAACUGGAAUAGUGGAUCAGGUGAUGUUAACUCUAAAUAGUGAAGGGUAUAAAUUUUGUAAAAUAAGAGUACGAAGUGUUCGAAUUCCACAAAUUGGCGAUAAGUUUGCUUCACGCCAUGGGCAAAAAGGUACCUGUGGAAUUCAAUAUAGGCAAGAAGAUAUGCCAUUUUCAUGCGAAGGUCUUACGCCAGAUAUUAUAAUUAAUCCUCAUGCUAUCCCAUCGCGUAUGACUAUUGGCCAUUUAAUUGAAUGUAUCCAGGGAAAAGUAUCAGCCAACAAAGGUGAAAUUGGUGAUGCUACUCCAUUUAAUGAUGCUGUAAAUGUACAGAAAAUAUCUACUCUUCUACAAGAAUAUGGAUAUCAACUUAGAGGAAAUGAAGUUAUGUAUAAUGGUCAUACUGGACGUAAGAUUAACGCUCAAGUCUUUUUAGGACCAACGUACUAUCAACGUUUAAAACAUAUGGUAGAUGAUAAAAUUCAUAGCAGAGCUCGUGGACCUGUUCAGAUUUUAGUUCGACAACCUAUGGAAGGAAGAGCAAGGGAUGGAGGUUUACGGUUUGGUGAAAUGGAACGUGAUUGUCAGAUUUCUCAUGGAGCUGCACAAUUCCUUAGGGAACGCUUAUUCGAAGUUUCUGAUCCAUAUCGGAUACACAUAUGUAAUUUUUGUGGUCUGAUUGCAAUAGCAAAUUUAAGAAACAAUACAUUCGAAUGUAAAGGCUGUAAAAACAAAACACAGAUUUCUCAAGUCAGAUUACCAUAUGCAGCAAAACUACUUUUCCAAGAACUUAUGGCUAUGAACAUUGCGCCUCGAUUAAUGGUAGCAUAA